AUGUCAACUGAGAAAUUUACCAUCACUGAGCACCUGGUCCCAGGCAGCCAUAUUAGGGAAUAUCCCGGAAGUACGGUUAACCAGGAGGAUGUUUUGAAGAUUCAUGUCAAACAAUAUACUCCUAAACGAGAGGGUCCGGUUCCAGACGAUGCAAUCACUUUCAUUGCCACUCACGGAGUCGGUCUGCCAAAGGAGCUGUAUGAGCCACUAUGGGAUGAGCUCCUAGACCAAGCUUCUGGGUUUCAUAUCCGUGCCAUAUGGAUGGCCGAUGUCGCCAGCAUGAAUCAGAGUGGCAUUCACAAUGAAGACAAGCUCAGCAUGGAUUGCUCCUGGAUGGAUCAUGCCCGAGACCUUUUGUUGAUGAUCAACCAUUUCCGGGACCAGAUGCCACGUCCUCUAGUUGGAAUCGGCCACAGCUUUGGUGGCAAUAUUAUUACCAACCUUGCCUACUUGCAUCCCCGUCUUUUUACUACUCUCUUACUGCUCGAUCCUCUUAUUCAGCUAAGUCCACCCUCUUUGGGCUUUGGAACUGACGCUCCGAGUGCGAUCAACUACACUCUCUGGCGAGAUGAUGUAUGGCCAAGCAGGGAAGUAGCAAUACGCGCCAACCGCGCUAUCAUGCAAGGCAUGGAUCCCCGAUGCUUGGAUCGCAUGACGAAACACUUCUUUCGCGAUCUACCAACCCCACUCUACCCAGAUGUUGAGGCCAUAAAGGCUCUAUUUGGAACCACUGCGGACUCUACUACCACUCCAGUCACUUUGACGACACCAAAAUAUCAUGAGCUCGUAGCUCAAAUUCGACAGAACUUCAAUGCCCGUGACCCGAAGACAGGUCGCAUUGAAGUUCCGCGCGACACUCAUGCCGACAUGGAUCCACUGGUUGCUUAUAUUCCAUUGUACCGCCCGGAACCCCGAAGCACCUUCCGUCGUCUGGAGACGCUUCGACCUUCAUGCUUAUGGGUCAUAGCCGGCGCUACGUUUUUGAACAUCGAUGAGAUACGCGAAGGUGUCAAGAUAUGCGGGUCGGGUAUUGGUGGGAGCGGAGGUGUGCCGGAUGGGAGGGUUCGCGAGGUUGUUCUUCCAGGGUUUGGGCACUUGAUGCCAUUCCAAGAAGUGAAGACCGUUGCAGAAACAUGUAUAGUCUGGCUUCAGCAGGAGAUGGAUCGAUUCCGUCAGACUGAAAGACAGUGGAAAGAAGACAGGGAUGGGAAAAGUCAUCUUGCGGUUGAAGAAAAUUGGUAUAAGGUUUUGAAGCCAAUUCCUAGUGGACGCAAGAAGAGGAAUGAUAAGGGAAAACUUUAG